AUGACCAGCACUCACAAUCAACCAUGUUAUGACCCGGAACUUGCCAGAUGCUUGCAACAAUUGAUUCUUAUUGGAGAAACUACUCCUAUCACGCCUGAAACCAUAUCGACGUUGCGAGAACGCAUACUCAUGGUGCGACCAACCGAUGACGAUUUGCGCCGUGGAGGGAAAAUUGAUAUUGAAGAGCGUCAAGUACCCGGUCCUAAUGGUUCACCAGAAAUCUCACUUCUCAUCUGUCGCCCGAACGCUUCGGUUACAAAUGCAUCCACUUCAUUGUUGCCCUGUAUCUAUAACAUACACGGUGGUGGGAUGAUUGCUGGAAAUAAUCGCUUCAAUAUGGAAAUUUUACUUGACUGGAUCCUAGAAUUCCAUAUCUGUGUUGUAUCAGUAGAAUACCGUCUUGCACCCGAACAUCCUCAUCCUGCUCCUUCUGAGGACUGCUAUGCGGGAUUAAUAUGGACUGCUGCACAUGCACAAGAACUAGGCAUUGAUCUAUCUCAACUUAGUGUGAUGGGUAUUUCUGCAGGAGGAGGACUUGCGGCUGUCAUGGCGUUAAUGACUCGCGAUCGAAACGGGCCGACACUACAAGGUCAAAUUCUUAUUUGCCCUAUGCUUGAUGAUCGUGAUCAAACAUUUUCAACUCACCAAUUUGAAGGCACAGGCUUUUGGGAUCGUCAAUCGAACCUGACGGCUUGGACAGCACUGCUUGGCGAUCAGAGAGGUGCUUCUGAUGUGUCUCCAUAUGCUGCUCCAUCACGUGCAGAAGAUCUCAGUAAUUUACCUCCAGCUUUUAUCGACGUUAGCUCUACAGAAACUUUUCGUGAUGAGAACAUCGACUACGCUCGACGUAUAUGGCAAGUUGGUGGCGUUGCCGAACUACAUGUAUGGCCUGGUGGUUUUCACGACUUUCCAGCUUUUAUGCCGGAAGCUACACUAUCAAAACUUGCUAUCGAAGCGCGAACAAACUGGUACCGUCGACUUUUGGCUUCACACAAAAAAUAA